AUGACUCUUGGAUUACCCUUGGGGGCGGAAAGGAAGAAAGCUCGUGCGCAUCACUUCGGGCACGAUAUUGUCCCGUUCGCCGGCCUCGACACAACUCGCGUGGGUGACAAGCCAAGGGUAGAGAGCUUGGAUCAAGUCCAAAGUUUAUUUCGGAUACGGGCUCUCAAUAGCGACAAGAUCGGCAUUUUCUACACCGGGGACAAACUUUCAUUCACCGCACCAAAGCCCCCCAAAACCAGGAACAAUGUGGGGUGCGUUUUAAAUCUCCAGCUUGAACCCCGUUGA